AUGAUCAGAAUCUCAGAGAAAAAGGGUGUAAAACCCGAAUCAGCAGAGUUUUCAUGGCCGAGCACAGAGAUUGUCUCCGAGAAAUUGAAGAGGAAACUCACGAGAGGUAAGAGAAGAAGAGUGAAAGAAGAUGAUAACAAAAAAAGAGGACUCUUUGUGUUUCCUCUUCAAUCUCUCGUCACAGGAGCUUCGUAUUCUUACACAUGGAUGAGCUUAGCUCGCGAAAACGAAUGGCACGUGUUGCUCGACACCUCUGCUUUAGGUUCUAAAGAUAUGGAGACUUUAGGUCUUUCUCUGUUCCAACCAGAUUUCCUCAUUUGUUCAUUUACAGAGGUUUUAGGUCAAGACGAUCCUUCUUCAGGUUUCGGUUGCUUGUUUGUCAAGAAAUCCAGCUCUCAAGCUUUAUCAGAAUCACCAGAACUCAUCACGAAUCCGGCGAAUCUCAUCGCCGUGAAAGCUGAAAUGAUAACAGAGAAUGACGAAAAUACCCUCCAGAAAGUUUUGUUGGACCACGUGGAGGACCACAACAAGGCGUCUACUUCAGCCACUGAUGCAAUUGAAAUCGAAGAAGACGAUAAAGCAAUAAUCGAGUUUCGAGGUUUAGAUCACGCAGACUCUCUGGGGAUUAUACUAAUCAGUCGAAGAUCAAAGGCGUUGACUUUGUGGCUGGUUCGAGCGUUGACGAGCUUGCAACAUCCGGGAUUUUAUCAAACGGAGAUGCCUCUGGUGAAAAUCUGCGGACCGAAGACGAGAUCGAAUCGUGGACCGUCGAUUUCGUUCAACGUUUUCGACUGGCAGGGAGAGAAAGUCGAUCCUUUGAUGGUGGAGAGGCUCGCGGCGAGGGAGAGGAUCGAUCUGCGAUGCGCGUAUCUGCAGAAGAUUAGGAUCGGGAAAGGGAAGAGAGGAGGCGAUGAGAAAGGAAAUUUGAGUUUGAGAGUGUCGGUGGUGAGUGUUAGGAUAGGGUUUAUGACGAAUUUCGAUGAUGUGUUUAGGGUUUGGGGAUUUGUGUCGAGGUUUUUGGAUGCUGAUUUUGUGGAGAAGGAGAAGUGGCGAAUGAAAGCUAUGGAGAAAAACAAAUGA